CGCCUCUGCCGACUCUGACGUUGGGUCCGACAAUGAUUUCCCUUUUUCCCAUAUAUUAUUUGUUUGCCAGAGCCAGGAUCGUCAUCAGUUUACCAUCCCCUCCGUCCCUCCUCCUCGUCACCAAACUCACUCUUCUCGACCGUUCCAGGUCCAGUUCACCUUGUCCCCUCUCCAUUGCUCCAGCUUCUCCUGUGACGGCUGACCUCCACUCGUGCGCCCCUGUCUUAUAAACCUCCAGCCCGCGCCCAACUUUCUCUCCACCUAGAAACCCUCCUUGUUGUUUGAAUUUCAAUUUACCUUCUCCGCACCCUCCCCCAAACCUUUGACCACCUCUGUCUCUCUCUCUAUCUCUCGAUUAGCCACCAGACAGCUUGCCCUCGCUGCAACCAUGUCCGAGGGCAAUACCAAACCCCCCAAGGGGCCCGUUGUACACGAGGCUCACGAGGUCGACACUUUCCAUGUUCCCAAACCUUUUUUCAAAAAAGGGCCCGGCAAAGCCCACAUCAAAGAUCUCGACGAAUACUACUCAUUAUACAAGGAAUCGAUCGAGAAACCAGACCAGUUUUGGGGUCGAAUGGCUCGAGAACUCUUGGACUGGCAGCAGGAUUUCAAGACCGUCCGCACUGGUAGUCUCGCCGAAGGUGACACCGCCUGGUUCCUCGAGGGCCGUCUCAAUGCCUCCUACAACUGCGUCGACCGGCACGCAAUCAAAAAUCCUGACAAGCCCGCCAUCAUCUAUGAAGCCGACGAGACGAGUGAAGGCCGCACUUUGACCUAUUCCGAGCUCCUGCGCGAGGUCUCUCGAGUAGCCUACACUCUGAAGCAGAUGGGUGUCAAGAAGGGCGAUACUGUCGCUCUCUACCUGCCCAUGAUCCCCGAGGCUGUCAUCUCCUUCCUCGCAGUCACCCGUAUUGGUGCUAUCCACUCGGUUGUCUUUGCUGGCUUUUCUUCUGGCUCACUGGCCGACCGUAUCCUCGAUGCCAACAGUAAAGUCAUCAUCACCACUGACGAGGGCAAACGUGGUGGCAAGGUCAUUGGAACCAAGAAAAUCGUCGACGAGGCCCUCAAGAAAUGCCCAGAUGUCUCCCACUGCCUCGUUUAUAAACGCACUGGCGCCGACGUCCCCUGGACCAAAGGCCGAGAUUUCUGGUGGCACGAGGAGGUCGAGAAAUAUCCCAACUACAUUCCUCCGGAGCCUGUGAACUCCGAGGAUCCUCUGUUCCUGCUCUACACCUCUGGCUCGACCGGAAAGCCAAAAGGUGUCAUGCACACCACCGGUGGCUACCUCCUUGGGGCUGCUAUGACCGGCAAAUACGUCUUUGACAUUCACGACGACGAUGUUUUCUUCUGUGGUGGUGACGUUGGCUGGAUUACUGGUCAUACCUACGUCGUCUACGCUCCCCUCCUUCUCGGCGUUGCGACCGUCGUCUUCGAAGGCACCCCUGCCUACCCCGACUUCUCUCGAUACUGGGAUGUCAUUGACAAGCACAGCGUCACUCAGUUCUACGUCGCUCCUACCGCCCUGCGUCUCCUCAAGCGAGCCGGUGACGAGCACAUUCACCACAAACUCGACAAGCUGCGAGUCCUGGGUUCGGUGGGUGAGCCCAUCGCCGCCGAAGUCUGGAAAUGGUACUUUGAGGCCGUCGGUAAAGAGGAGGCACACAUUGUGGACACAUACUGGCAGACCGAGACUGGUUCUCACGUGAUCUCCCCCUUGGCCGGUGUCACUCCCACCAAGCCCGGCAGCGCUUCCCUGCCGUUUUUCGGCAUCGAACCCGCCAUUAUCGACCCAGUGUCAGGCGAGGAGAUCCAAGGCAAUGAUGUCGAAGGUGUCUUGGCCUUCAAGCAGUCGUGGCCAAGUAUGGCCCGGACUGUGUGGGGCGCACACAAGAGAUACAUGGAUACUUAUUUGAACGUUUACAAAGGCUACUACUUUACUGGAGAUGGUGCCGGUCGCGACCACGAAGGAUAUUACUGGAUCCGAGGCCGCGUCGAUGACGUGGUCAACGUUUCCGGACAUCGCUUGUCCACCGCUGAGAUCGAAGCCGCCCUCAUCGAGCACGACGGCGUCGCUGAAGCUGCCGUGGUGGGAAUCAAUGAUGAACUCACGGGACAGGCAGUCAACGCCUUUGUGUCACUCAAGGACGGUACCGACCCCGGCGAAGCCACUCGAAAAGAUCUCAUCCUCCAAGUCCGCAAGUCCAUCGGCCCCUUUGCUGCUCCCAAGGCCAUCUUCAUCGUUGAUGACUUGCCCAAGACCCGAUCCGGCAAGAUCAUGAGGAGAAUUUUGCGAAAGAUCCUGAGUGGGGAGGAGGACAGUUUAGGAGAUACGUCGACGCUCAGUGACCCGAGCGUGGUGGACAAGAUCAUUGAAACAGUCAAAUCCAGCAAAAAGAAGUAGGCGGGACUUUGGAGAAGGGAAAAUGCUAUGUGGAGACAAGAUCUAUCAUCUCGGAUGUGACAUAUACCCUGGGAAAGUUUUGGUCUGGGUCAUAUUUUGUCCCUUGCUGUAGUGGUCGCAAGAAAUUUGGUCAACAGUGACACUGUGCCUAGUGGUAGGGCCCAACGAAAUGCAUUAGGCUGCAGCUGCGGUUGUGCGCAGUCCUUUGAAUAUGAGUCAGACGGUUUUGAAAUUGACAGUAUUUAUUCCACCACUGGAAGCCUACCUAAGGUAAGUAACAGAGUUCUUUUCUGGACCAGGCUCUGUAACUUUUGCUUCUGAAUGAAUCAUUUUGAGGUCCGGUGACAUAAG